CUUCAUAAUCAUAGUAUUAUUAUGGGCAUCAAUGGAGGGAUUGUUAGGAGUGCCUUCUCCAGGACACGUUCUACUGCUUCCUCUGGAACUUGUCAUCAUCAUGGCAAUGGAAGACGCAGCAACGGUGGUGAGAAGAAGAGGUGGAGUGUGGUGAGAUCAUACCUUUGUGGGGAUGAGUUUAACUCGGUUCAGGGGGAGGAGGAUUCUGCUACAGUCUCACAAUGUCCUCAAGUAAAAGGUUCUGUGGAGACCCAAGAGACGAUGAUCAAGGACAAGGAGCUGAGUUCUACGUCUAGCUUGUUCCUUCAGGAGGAUGCAGCGAUCAUCAUUCAGACCGCAUUCAGAAAGCUAAUGGCUAGACGUCAGGACGAGGAACAAGCAAAAGUGAGGGCUGAUGACAAGCAGGAGCUGCACCCAGAAAUGGGAUGUGGAAGUCUUGGAAGGUACUCAGUGAGCACAUCUAUCGAGGUUCAGACUGGUAACUCGGUAGAUGCUCUCUCAAUAACAGAAGAAAACAAUGGUGACCAACGCAAAACAAAGAAAGCCAGCAGAUGCCAGGAUUUCAUGUCCAAGGAGGAUUGGAAUGACAGCACGCUUAGCAGCAACGUGUUAAAAAUGAGGAUUCAGAACAGACUGGACGCCACUAACCGCCGUGAGAGAGCACUUGCUUACGCUUUAUCGCAACAGCUGCGGAUAUGCUCGAGGGAAAAGCAAGCUAGGACCGAACGUACACAGCAGCAGCAGCCCAGCAUGAGUUGGCAUUGGCUGGAAAGGUGGAUGGCCACCAGAGCUCCUGAAUUCUCGUUCGAGAGCCAUUCAAACAAGCAAUCUGAACAGUCAGCAAACAACAACAGCCACAGACAAGGAAAAAGCAGAUGUUUCGAUUUAGCAGUAGCAGAGAGGGAGAGUUGUGGGUCAAAUGAGGUACCUGUCCCUGAUGAGAGCUCAGAAACCGAUGCAGGAUUAGAAAAUGGCUCAUUCAUCUCGACCAGAAAGAGAACCAAGCCUGUAAGAAGUAUCUCCAGGAGGAAAACAGCGCCAUGCUAUCAAUGUCCUCCAAAAGAGCAAAAGACAGUCAAGAAGAGCUGUGCCAGUUUAGAGCACGAGAAGGAUCAGAAGCUGAAAAGAUCAACCAGCAACAGAGAAAACAAGUGUAAAGAUGCUUCAGCAUCUUACAACUAUGGCAACAUUCACUUCCUUGUGAACUGAGCUGAAAGCGAUAUUUCGAAUAAACUUAGAAAUCUUAGCCAUUGUUUAAAACAUUGAAUACGCCGUAAUGAAGUGACUAGUUUCUAUUAAUUUCACUCCAAGCAUAUGCCGGAACCCAAACAUUCGCUGUAACUUGCUCAUCUGCCUUCCAAGCACAGAUUUAACUAUGGACAAAUUCAGAAAAAGAGCUACCAACCUAUGUAAAACCCUGUGCCUGAUUUUCAGGCAUCACGAGAUAUGAAUCCAGUAACCGCAUAAUAGAUUCAAAAUAGAAAAGACAGAAGUACAACACUCUAUGAAGGAAAGUACCCCAAAGAGCAUACAGCAGAGCUACAAACUCGGAAAUAUCACAAACUCUCUAGAUCCAGUAAAAAAGACAAGAUUAC